GUUACCUACUUAUCUUUUUCCCAAACAAGAAGCAAAAAAACAAUCUUCCUCCUGCAAUUCUCUAGCUAUCUAUUCACCGUUGCCGGAGAAAUGAAAAUUUCGGCGAAUACUUAUUUUCUUUCUGUACGCUAUGAUCGUAUCUCCGAUCACCGUCGCCACGUCUUCUACGAAACAACUUAACGCUUUUUGGGCUAAAUUAGCUUCUUAAGUUCUUUUUUGGCUAAUGAGCAUGGCUUUGGUUAAAAUUUUUGAAAUCGAUUUUGCCGUUUCGUUUUUGUGAGGUUCAUGUAUUGUGUGUAAAUUUUUUUUCUUGGAUUUAGCUUUUUUGGAUGUAAAUGGAGAAGAAAUCAGCGGCAUUAACUGGUUAAGCUGAGUUUAAGACAUAGAAAAGCAGGGUUUUAAGAAAAGAAAAAUAAAAGAGAAGCUCUAACAUUUUUUUUCCCAAUGAAGGUUCAGCCAAUCGACAUCAAUUCACAGGCACAAAAAGAAAUUGUUCCUGUUCGAGCUGAACCGGUCAAGCCUCUUCUUAAAUCGCGUCUCAAGAGACUCUUCGAUCGGCCGUUUCCUAGCGUUCUGAGAAUAUCAACAGCGGAAAAGCCGAGUGUUGAUGAAACUCAGUUUAAUAACAAAGAUGAAGUGAUUGAGUUCGAGCCAAGUUCAGUUUGUUUGGCUAAAAUGGUUCAAAAUUUCAUCGAAGAUAGCCACAACGACAAGCAAUCGCCACUGCGGUCGCCUCUGGCUAAAUACGGCCGUAAUCGCUGUAAUUGCUUUAAUGGAAAUAGCAAUGAUAGCUCCAAUGAUGAGUUUGAUGCGUUUGGUGAGUCGAUUAAUGGCGGACCAUCGCUUGUCGAUGCUUGUGAUACACUCAAGAGUCUUGUCCCAUGCGCCAGUGUUGUAGAGAGAAACCUCUUAGCAGACACGGCGAUGAUCGUUGAAAGGAACAAAAAUUGUAAGCGAAAAGACGAUUUGAGAAAGAGCGUGACCGAUGGAUUAAUUUCUCUUGGUUAUAACUCUUCAAUUUGCAAAUCAAAAUGGAACAAAUCUCCAUCUUUACCGCACGGUGAUUAUGAGUAUAUAGACGUGUUCGUAGACGGGGAGAGAAUGUUGAUUGACAUUGAUUUUAGAUCGGAGUUUGAGAUGGCGAGAUCGACUGCUGCCUACAAAGCGAUCGUCCAAUCAUUACCGUUCAUCUUCGUCGGUAAAUCGGAUCGUCUCGACCAGAUUGUUUCCCUCGUAUCGGAGGCAGCUAAGCAGAGCUUGAAAAAGAAAGGCAUACACCUUCCUCCUUGGAGAAAAGCGGAGUAUAUGCGAGCCAAAUGGCUCUCCCAAUUCACCAGAACCUUUUCUCAGUCGGACGACGUUUCGGCUAAAACUGAUUGCGACGAAACAGAUGAUUACGGUGGUUGCGGAGAGCUGGAUUUGAUUUUCGGCGAGAAAAAAAUGGCCUCAUCGGAGGAUAACUCCGGCGUAGAAGAUUUGCCGGCAACUUUAGUGACCACGUGGCAGCCGCCGGCUAUCAAACCGAAGAGUGCAGAGAGAGGAACGAAGAUCGUCACCGGAUUGGCUUCUCUACUCGAAGAGAAACCAUAAAAAUUUUGGAAUUUUUAAAAUCUUGUUUUCUUUUACUACAAUUUUCGCCGUAAAUAAUAUAAAAAUCGCAUAAUACCGUUUCCCUA